GAAACGACCGCAGCGCACGCACGAGCAAAAGGCGAGGAAACCAUGCCCGCCCCUGCUCACUCAACUGAAGACGCUGCCGCGUCCGCGUCUGAUCAGACACUAUGGGCGGCCGCACCUCCCGCCACCGCCAGUCGCAAGGCCAACCCUCCCAGAACUCGCAGCCCAACCGCCCAACACCCAAGCACAGGCCUCAGCCCCCGCCGCCGCCCCCGCGCCAAGCGGAUGCGGCGGCGGCGGGGCACGUGCUGGGCCGCCCGAUGGAGGACGUCCGCGCCGCCUACACCUUCGGCCGCGAGCUGGGGCGGGGCCAGUUCGGGGUCACCUACCUCGCCACCCACAAGCCCACGGGCCGCCGCUACGCCUGCAAGUCCAUCGCCGCGCGGAAGCUCGCGCACACGGACGACGUCGAGGACGUCCGGCGCGAGGUGCAGAUCAUGCACCACCUCACGGGACACCGCAACAUCGUCGAGCUGCGGGGCGCCUACGAGGACCGCCACUCCGUCAACCUCGUCAUGGAGCUCUGCGAGGGAGGGGAGCUCUUCGACAGGAUCAUCGCGAGGGGCCACUACUCCGAGCGCGCUGCCGCCGCGCUCUGCAGGGAGAUCGUCUCCGUCGUGCACACCUGCCACUCCAUGGGGGUCAUGCACAGGGACCUCAAGCCCGAGAACUUCCUCUUCCUCAACAAGGAGGAGGAUUCACCGCUCAAAGCCACCGAUUUUGGCUUAUCCGUCUUCUUCAAGCCCGGCGAACAGUUCAGGGAUCUUGUUGGGAGCUCGUAUUAUGUUGCCCCGGAGGUGCUGAAACGGCGCUAUGGAGCUGAGGCGGACAUAUGGAGUGCCGGAGUCAUCCUUUACAUCCUUCUAUCCGGCGUUCCUCCUUUCUGGGCUGAGAACGAGGAUGGUAUAUUUGAAGCUGUUUUGCGAGGUCAUAUAGAUUUCUCAUCUGAUCCCUGGCCUUCAAUAUCAAAUAGCGCAAAAGACUUGGUCAAGAAAAUGCUACGGCAAUACCCAAAGGAGCGGCUUACUGCUGCUGAAAUUUUGAACCAUCCAUGGAUUAGAGAGGAUGGAGAGGCCCCAGACAAACCACUUGAUAUUACAGUUAUCGGUAGAAUGAAGCAGUUCAGGGCAAUGAACAAGCUUAAGAAGGUUGCCUUGAAGGUUGUUGCCGAGAACUUGUCAGAGGAGGAGAUCGUGGGCCUCAAAGAAAUGUUCAAAUCCCUGGAUACUGAUAACAGUGGGACAAUAACUCUUGAAGAACUAAGAACAGGUUUACCAAAGCUUGGCACCAAAAUUACUGAAUCAGAAAUAAGACAAUUGAUGGAGGCGGCUGAUGUUGAUGGAAAUGGUACCAUUGAUUAUGUUGAAUUCAUAUCAGCAACGAUGCACAUGAAUAGGCUAGAAAAGGAGGAUCACAUAUAUAAAGCCUUUAAGUAUUUUGAUAAGGACCACAGCGGGUACAUAACAGUUGAUGAGUUGGAAGAAGCUCUGAAGAAGUAUGAUAUGGGCGAUGAGAAAACAAUUAAAGAAAUCAUUGCUGAAGUGGAUACGGAUCAUUGUCCUAUUUUUACUGCUUAGGAUGGGAGAAUCAACUACCAGGAGUUUGUUGCCAUGAUGAAGAAUAAUAGCACCGAGAUUGUUCCAAAUCGGCGGCGCGUGUUUUAAGCCUCUCCAACAUUUAAAGUGAAAACGGCUUUUUAGAAAAUUUCCAUGGUAUUUAUAACUGUUGAGGAGAGCAAUUCAUACUCGGAAGUGGAAUUCAGUCAGGCAUCUGCACAGUGGUCUUCUAUACUUGGACGAGUUGCCAAUCAUGGAUGACUCUUUCCCUUUAGUGUCUCCUGAUGUGGGUGGUUCUUUCUGGUGCUUCCAUGUUCUACCAUCUUAUUUUUGGCAUGUAUCUUAAAAUGGGGGUGUGCCUUCUGGCCAUGUUUCCUGCUUCUUGAUCAUUUAUGUAAGAAAAGGGCUUGAAAAACUGUUUCAAAUGAUCAUAUCAGGCAAAAGUAACGAGGUCCUGUGUUUUCUGCCUAUUGAUCAUUUAUGUAAGAAGAGUGUUUGUAAACAGUUUCAAAUGAUCAUAUCAGGCAAGAUUAUAUUUGCAUAGGGUGCAUACCCUGAUGUGCCCAUUGUUAUGUCUCC